GGCUGUCAAUCCGCGGCCGAGCGAGCCGCGCUCCCCGGCGAGCUGCCCCCGAGGUCUGAUCCCGGCGCCGCGGCCGGCGGCGGGGGGAGGCGGCGUCGCGGGGAACAAAGUUUGCAGCACUCGGGCGCUCGGCGGUCGCGUCCUCGGCGCCGGUGCCGGGGAGCAGCGGGCGGGCGCCGCGCCGCGCCGCGCCUCGCCUCGCCUCGCCUCGCCGGGCUGCCGUCGGCACUGCUAUCGCAAAGUUUCAGCUAUUUUAAUGCGCUCGAUUCCAGGAUUCUAAUUAUCAGCCCCCCUCCCCCCCCCCCGCCCCCCACCUCUCCUUCUAGGAUUUUUGGAGCUAUAUGGAGGGAUCUCAGGAUGGUGUGCACCAGGAAAACCAAAACUUUAGUGUCCACUUGCGUGAUUUUGAGCGGAAUGACUAACAUCGUCUGCCUGCUGUACGUGGGCUGGGUCACCAACUACAUUGCCAGUGUUUAUGUGAAAGUGCAGGAGCCGAUCUCAGAAAAAAAGUUAGAGGAAGACAAAGGGGACACUUUAAGGAUUAUAGAAAGGCUGGACCAUUUGGAAAAUGUCAUCAAGCAGCACAUCCAAGAAGCUCCACCAAAACUGGAAGAAAAUCCUGCUGAAGCGUUCACUGACUCAUCUCUCUUUGCUCACUGGGGCCAGGAUCUCAGUCCUGAAAACAGACGUAUUGCACUUAAACAAUUCCAGUAUUACGGCUACAACGCUUACCUGAGCGAUCGCUUGCCACUGGACAGGCCCCUGCCUGACCUUAGGCCUAACGGGUGCAGAAACCUGACAUUUCCUGACAGGCUUCCUGAGGUCAGCAUUGUAUUCAUAUUUGUUAAUGAAGCUCUCUCAGUGAUUCUGCGCUCCAUUCAUUCAGCCAUUGACCGGACUCCUGCUCACCUGCUCAAAGAGAUUAUUUUAGUUGAUGAUAACAGUAAUAAUGAAGAACUCAAGGAGAAACUAAAGAAGUAUGUUGAUGAAGUGAAUGCCCGUAAGCCUGGUUUCAUCAAGGUUGUUCGACACAGCAAACAAGAGGGGCUGAUUCGAUCCCGAGUUAGUGGAUGGAGAGUAGCCACCGCACCAGUAGUUGCUCUCUUUGAUGCCCAUGUGGAAUUCAAUGUGGGAUGGGCUGAACCGGUGCUUACUAGGAUAAAAGAAAACAGAAAAAGAGUAAUUUCUCCAUCUUUUGAUAACAUUAAGUAUGAUAAUUUUGAAAUAGAGGAGUAUCCCCUCUCAGCACAGGGAUUCGACUGGGAACUGUGGUGCCGAUAUCUGAACCCUCCUAAGUCAUGGUGGAAACUGGAGAACACAACUGCUCCAAUAAGAAGUCCUGCAUUGAUUGGAUGCUUCAUAGUAGAUAGAGAAUAUUUCCAAGAGAUCGGUCUACUGGAUGAAGGCAUGGAGGUAUAUGGAGGAGAGAAUGUGGAGCUCGGAAUCAGAGUGUGGCAGUGUGGAGGAAGUGUUGAGGUUCUGCCUUGUUCUAGGAUCGCCCACAUUGAAAGAGCACAUAAACCAUACACAGAAGAUCUAACUGCUCAUGUCCGGAGAAAUGCAUUAAGGGUGGCUGAAGUCUGGAUGGAUGAAUUUAAGAGCCAUGUUUAUAUGGCAUGGAACAUACCCCAGGAGGACUCCGGAAUUGAUAUUGGUGAUAUUUCUGAGAGGAAGGCCCUGAGGAAAAAGCUCCAGUGCAAGACCUUUAGAUGGUAUCUUGUCAGUGUGUAUCCAGAAAUGAGAAUGUAUUCAGAUACUGUCGCCUAUGGGGUGCUGCAGAAUUCCCUGAAAAGUGAUUUGUGCCUUGAUCAAGGGCCGGACACAGAGAAUAUCCCAAUCAUGUAUAUCUGCCAUGGAAUGACACCACAGAAUGUUUAUUACACAAGCAAUCAGCAGCUCCAUGUGGGUGUUCUGAGUCCCACUAUCGACGACGAUGACAACAGAUGCCUGGUGGAUGUGAACAGCAGGCCCAGGCUCAUUGAAUGCAAUUAUGCCAAAGCCAAGAGAAUGAAGCUUUACUGGCAGUUUACUCAGGGCGGACCAAUCCAGAACCGAAAAUCCAAGCGCUGCCUGGAAUUGCAGGAAAACAAUGAAAAUGAAUUUGGAUUUCAACUCGUCCUUCAGAAAUGCACUGGACAACGCUGGUCUAUAACAAAUGUCCUGAAAAGCUUGUCAUCAUAGCAGACUAAAUUUUUUACCCAUUUCUUUUGCUACUGUGUAGCAAAUAUUGCGUUGUUGCCUGCUGUACUGUAUUCCUCUCGUCCCCCCACCCCCCUGGUUCCUCCUCUCCUCUUUUUUGUCCCUUUGAUUUUAUUUUGUGAGUGUGUGGAAAUCGGGUUUGUGGGCUGAAAAUAAGACGUUUUUAUUUCACAAUGACGUUUUCAUGGCAUUUAUAGAGACACUGAAUGACAGGUGAUGGGUAGGCUAUCCUAAAAUAUUUUACAACUGUAAAUAGGAAACAAAUGGAGAAUAUUUAUAACUCAAACUUUUAUUGAAUAAAAAAGUCCAAACACUA